CCCUGUUCGCCAUGCAAGCCGGCAAGCAAGAUACGAUGUUGAAGUGACCGAAGUUUUUCGACACCAAAUCAAUAUGGCCCUCAAAUUGGGAAAAUGCAGGCUCUGUUUGAAACUCGGCGACUUCUACUCCAUCUUCACGAUGGACAAUUCUGUUCAGCUCUCGGAAAUGGUGAUGGAGUGCGCGCGGGUGAAGGUCUUCGAAGGAGACGGCCUGCCGGAUAAAAUCUGCUCAGAAUGUGUGCAGAAGCUGAGCAGCGCCUAUAUCUUCAAGCAGCAAUGCGAGAGGUCGGAUAUGGAGUUGCGGCGGAACUACGUGCCGCCUCCUGGGUUCAGCAUUACUCCGCCACCACAAAACCGACAGAGCAGCGACUCAGCUUUCUCAUCCGCUAACACUGAUAUGUCAUUCCACCACAAACCUGCAUCCACAGAGAAUGUAACUCCAGCGAAUAGAAACCGUAAGCGAAGCCACGAGAGCGUUGACGAGUCAGUUAGCAGUCAGUCGCAUGAUUACAGACCUAGCAGCUCGAAACGUGUCGAAGAACUCCGAAACUCCAGCAAAAGGUCGCGUCGACAGUCGCCAAAUGCUUCUCUUCUAGACUCUGACUAUGAGGACAACAGCUUCUCCCAUUUUUCAGCUGAAACCGACUCCGAUGAACCCCUCAUGCAUACUUUCAAAUGCAAGCUGUGCCCCAAAGAAUUCAAAUCUUCCCUAAGCCUCCGUUCGCAUAUGAAAGUACAUCCCAAAGAAGACAGAGAAAGUCUCGUUGCUAUGGGCGCAAACGCCGUCGUUAACAUUCCCAAGAAGAGCAUGGAGGACGCAAAGGAUUCUGAUGAUAAACUUUCUUGUGAUAAAUGCCAGAAAACAUUCAAACUUAAAAUAAUGCUAAAGCGACAUCAGGAAUCUUGCGGGAAGUCACCACAGAUAUCAAAAGAGCUUCUUAUUUCCUUGGAGCCAAUUGAUGCGGUGCUCAAUGUAGCAACAAAGCCAAUCGACCCCAGCAAGAAUAUCGAUUGUGAAAUGUGCACGGCCAAGUUCAAAACCUACGACAAUUUGGUGAAGCACAUGCGAGUCGUACACGCAGCGGUUCCGAAACGACCAAGGAGUAGUUUUAACAAUAGUUUAAAUAGUAGCAAAUCUGACGAAAAGGGGUCGGUCCCCUGUCUUUAUUGUGGGACAACAUUCAACGAUUUCAGUGCUUAUGGCACGCACUUCCAAAUCUGUCCAAAGAAAGAUGAGACUAUUCCGUACCAAUGUCAAGUGUGUAUGAAGACGUUGACGAAGAAAGCUUCCUACAUGUCUCACAUCAGACAGGCUCAUUUUCCUCCGAAAGAACCGAAGCCGGAGACGCCGGUAAAGACAUUCGACUGUAGAAUGUGCCACAUGCCACUGGCGACUCAAGAUGAACUGAUUUCACAUCUUGCAACGCACAUGACUAAUGAUGACACUGAGGAAAUUGUAGAUUCUGAAUCCAGGGCGAGCACAGCCGACGACGUCCAAUCAACACAUUCCGACUAUACCAACUUUUCCGCUUCGGGGGGUCCUCUUAAGUGUCAGCAUUGCGCUCGAUCUUUCAAAUACAAGAAGUCAUUGCAAACACAUCAGAUAAGGGAACACAGCCAGGCCACUGUGGAAAUUAAGACUGAGCCUCCAGACAAGCCCUCAACUAGUCACGAGAUGGAGGUAUUUAGAGAGUACGACGACGAUUCUAGUCCCGGGGAAGGAGAUGAUUUGACUUGUGAAAUUUGCGAGAAGCAGUUCUCGUAUAAGCGGUUGCUGCUUCACCAUAAGAAGACGAAGCACAACAUGAGUUCUGGACAUAAGCGGGCGAAGAUUAAUUUGAAGGAUUGUACGGUGCGGUGUCUGAUUUGUGACGUAGAGAUGAAGGUUUCGGGGAUUAAUGAGCACAAUCAGAAACAUAUAACGGCGAACAUCAAGCCUCGCAACUUGUAUACGUGCGGGGAGUGUUCAGAGCAGUUCAAGAGUUGCAGCGGGCUGGCGACACACAUCAAACUGAUACACAGACUCAAACAACCUCCGCCGGCGAAGCGGCAGGAAUUUGAAGGUGCUGAUUUGGCGGAUUUUUGUGAAGUCGUUGUGACGAAAACGGAGCCCCUGGACUCGGUCCAGAGUCACAACGGCUUUGUCGAGGUUCCGGUCACGAACGGCCCGCUGGUGGACCUGGCCGGGUUCACGUGCCAUCUCUGCGGGAAGAAGAUGAAGACGCUCAUCUCGUUGAAGCGCCACGUCAACUGGCACGCCAACGUCGGGAAUAACCUGCAGAAGAACAUCCAGUGUUUCGUGUGUCAAGAGACAUUCAGAUUCCAAUGCCACUACCGGUUGCACAUGCGCGAACACUACACGGACACGAAUCUGGACCCGCGGCACCUCACGUGCCCCAUCUGCGGCCGCCGCAGCAAGCACCUCCGUGCCGCGCAGGCGCACAUGAACUUCCACAAGCAAACCCGCUUCAAGAACAAGGACUACCAGUGCUCCAUCUGCAAAAGAGUCUUCCAGCAUCGUAAGGUAUACCUUUCUCAUAUGGCUAUCCAUUAUAAACGCGGCGAAGGACAGAAUGCUAUAGUGGGUGAUCGUCCUCUAUCGUCCGCCCCCACUGCGGACGGCACGUACGUCUGUCCCCAAUGUGGCAAAGUCUGCGACUCAGAAAACUCGCUCAAGUGUCACAUCAGAUGGCACUCAUCGAAAUCCUCCCUCUUCGGUCAACGACACGAGUGCAACAUCUGCAACCUCCAAUUCACCAACAAGAGACGUCUAGAGAUCCACACCAGGGACCACUACGAAGACGAAAAUGGACCAUACAAGUGCACCAUAUGUGGCAAAGGUUACAUUGAUGAAGAGUACUUCCGCAGGCACGUCAAAGGACACAAUUUCGAUCAUUUCAGUCAUAAAAAACGAAUUGAAAAGCUGCGGAAGGAUAAAGUAAAAUGCCCGAUCUGUUUACGAUACUAUCCCGAUUUGGUGAAACUCAUUAGACACUUGAAACGAUCGCACCCGGAGAGCAAGAUGAUCAAGCCAGACCCCGACGCUCCACCGCCUCAGUACUUCAACUGUAAGCUGUGCGCGAAAGUGUUUCUCACUGAGCGCAGACUGCAGAGUCACACGGAGUCUCAUCUGAGAAAGCAUGAGUUCUUCAAAUGCAAGUUUUGCGGGAUAAAGAGUGUUUCGUUACAAAAACACAGGCUGCAUGUAAAACAGAAGCACAUGACAACGAAAUUCUUGGAGGAACCUCUCAAAUGCCCUCAUUGCACAGACACGUUCAUCCGAGGGUACGAAUUACAUCACCACAUCCGCGACGUUCACGGCAUCGACGAGGUCUGGCUUGCAGACCGCAAGGAGGAACCUCUAGGGCCGCUGAAAGAGUUCCAAUGUUCCAUCUGCCUGAAAAUCCUCGCAACCAGAGGUAAUUACGAAAGGCACAUAGAUUACCACAACUCUUUGAGAUGCAACUACUGUUUCGACUACUUUGGCUCGCUCAAAUUUUUAGAAGGCCAUCUAGCGUUCAGUUGCGACAAGAAGAAACUGAUCGGAGACACAGAAACAUAUCCGAAGAAAGUAAAAUGCAAUAUUUGUUACAAAGCCUUCCAUUUGCAAGUAAAGUUGGACUGUCACCUGCGCACGCAACACAACAUACUUGUGUCGAGAGAAGCCUCUGAAGGAAAGCAGGACAAUUUGUGUGACUUUUGUUUCAAAGUAUUUGAGAACGAGCACGCUCUAUCUAUGCAUAAGAUUUACCACCGCACGAUUGGGUAUUACGGCUGUAUCUACUGCAACAAGAAGUUUAACACUCUCAUUGUAUACAACAAGCAUAAGAAGCAACAUCUAAACAGGCUGUAUCCAGAUAAUCCCAGGAAAUGCGAACAUUGCGAUGAAAAGUUUGUGGCGUUCAGAGACAUGAUAGAACACAUGAAAGAAGUCCACGGAGACGACAAGGAAUGGAUCGUGAUGCCCAAAGAGUCGAUCGAGGAGAAAUGUCCCAUAUGCAACAAGAUAUUCUUCAACCUGCACCGACAUCUCGCUUACCAUGAAGAGAACAGAUGUAAGAAGUGCGGCGAGUAUUUCUAUUCUAGAAUCGAUUACGACAAUCAUCUCUGCUCGAUUGAAAGCGACGAAGAAAUCGUCGAGGGUAAUGAAAACGACAUUCGGCCCAAGUACGAAGAAUGCACAUUCUGCUUCAAACCAAUUACUAGAAAGAAUACGAAGAAUAAGCACGAUAGUUUGCACAGAACAUCAGGAGCGAUAUCUUGUCGUUUCUGUUCGUUCAAGUUUAAAACCAUUGACGCUUUCAAUAUCCACGCAUUCUCGCAUCGAAGUAGGAAAUACAAUAAGAAGCCGAUAAAGUGUCGCAUUUGCAAGGAGAAGUUCGUGAAGUACGGGCCUUUUAUUAAGCACAUGAAGGGGGUGCACAAGUCGACGAAGAGGGUCCACUACCGAGCGAUGGUGAAGGCGGAGCGAUGCGUGGUGUGCGGCGACAGCUUCCCCAACCUGCACAACCACUACCGCAGUCACCUUCAGAACCAGUGCCAGCUGUGUCGGAAGUACUUUAGCUCAGUGAAACUGUUCUCACAGCACGAAUGUGACAAAGAAGACGCGGAUCCAUCCAAAGUGUUCACAAGCGAUGAAGAUUUGUACGCGCUUAUAAAGUCUUAUGUUCCUAAGGAUGAGAAGGAUGAUGAGAAGUUCUACGGAUACACAGACGACGAGGAUGAGGAGGAGGAAAUGGCACAGAACGAGGAAAGCCAGAAUUCUAUGGAGAAUGGGAAUGCAACGGGAUCCGAUAACAUGAUCGUGCAGCCGUUUGUAAUUUCGGAUGUCCUCUCGCUUUAUGAGAAGAAGGAGGAACUGCUAGCACUUUAUCAAAAAGACGACCCGAAACAGAAAGAACUGAGCCCCAAAAAGAAGGUUACUCGGAAAAAGAAACCACCUAAGAGUAAGCCUAAGGAACCGGAACCGGAAAAGGAAGAUUCUGAUAUAGAAAUUGUAGAUCUGGAAGAUGAUGAGUCUGCUGGUGCUGAGAAGGUAUACACUGUUAUCACAAUUGAUGAUGACGAUUGAAUUUGGAACUGUUUUGCAAUUUUGAAUGAUAUCCCUGUUAGAAACAAUGCUGAUAGGACAUCGACGGUAAUUGUACGCACCUCACGCAAAUAAUAAUUAAGUAUUUAUAAAGAAUACAUUUUGUAUAAUAAAAGCAGUCGCUAAUUUUGAUGUCUAAAGUAGAAUUAUGUUAGUUUGUGAAAAGAACUAGGUGUUUAUGUUCUGUGGAACACAAAAGAUGGAAGAUACUCAUCAUUCCUUUCUCACAUAGUAUUAAUAUCACUUUCUCAUUUGAGUGAUGUGAACUAGGUCACUCAAAGAAUAAUGUGUCUUCUCCUUUUCUAAUAUGAAUGGAAUGAUCUUGUCAUUUCUUCUCCUCAGCCAUAACACCUUGCGAAAUGACGUAAAUUCAAAAAUGUUACAUUGACCUUCAACAAGUUUAUCCAUGAUAAUUACGUUGAAUAAAUGAUUCUGAUUUCUGAUUUCUGAUUUCUGAUCAAGACACACACAUAGACUCACGCCCGUAGUCCCUAAUGGCGUGGGCAGAGCCUCAAGUAAUCAAGAACAACUUGCAGCUACUCUUGAUACGAAGUCCUGAGAUGUAAUAUGAUGAACCUUAUGGUGACACGGGAGUAGCAUAUAUAGCAUGUAGUUGCAUAUAUAGUCGGAAUAAUGGAGUCUAAAACUUAAUUUUGCAUGUCAAAAUUUAAAUUAUGUUAAGUUAUGCUAAGAUUACUAGUAUAGGAAAAUUUUAAUCUCAAAUUUAUAGUAGCAUAUGGUUUAGACUAAGAAGAUUAUGGACUCUAUGUUUUUUAUUUGUUACCUGCAACGGGAGAAUUAUUGCAGUUAUUUGUGUGAUUUUGUUAUGUUUUCUUUCUUCUCCAUAGAGAAGGUGAAAUAUUAUUUUUAAAUUUAGUUUUUCGUUAUCAUUUUGUAAAUACUAGAAUUCACCAGCUCUUUGGCUGCCAUUUGUAUAUAUCUACUUUAUGCCAUAAUUUCUAUUAGAUUAUAUUUUAGGUCCGUACUAUGGAUAUGAUACAAGAAUAAGUAACUAUGUUCCGUAGUUUAUAUGUGGUAAAUGGGUGAAUGUCGUGUGUAAUUUCCUUUUUUUUUUGUCGAAAUCGUUUCCAAGUCUUAUUGAAGUGACGACUUAUUAAAUUAUAUUUCGGUCACGCUGCUACCCACCGUGUUAAACAAAGAGCUUGUUUAAUAUUUUGGAAGUUGGUCGCAAUUUGGAUGCGUUUUCGUACAAACGCUGAUCUUCGACAACAAAAACAAGAAGUUGAUAUUGUUUGAGAUCCUGUAUUCGAAUCGAUUUCGUACGUUAAGGGUUGAGCUACGUCAGCCCUCGUGACACUUUAGAUAACAUUCGCUGCGUCUAUUUGUCAAAACUCUCGAUAUAACUCGUGGCACGCUCAGCGCGGCUGCCGUGCAGCCUGCUGCCCGCACAGCAAAUCACAGUUCUAGCGACAGCAAAGGACAGAAGCCUAGAAAAUGGCGGCCAGGUGCAAUUCAACCCUUACGCCCAUAUCGAACUGAAUAUAACGCAGCAAAAAAAAAUGAAUUUUCUAUCGGUGUUGCCAGCAUUUGUGUUACACUUGAAUUUUGGUAUUGCCAUUUUGUAUUAAACUGUAUUUGUACUAACGGUUAAAAUUAGUUGAAAAAAGUAUAAGUAACUUUUAAAUCUUAUAGUGAAUGGAAGAAAAGCAUUUAAAAUGUAAACAUUCGGGAACAUUUUAUAGGUAUGUUGUUUUGCGGAAUGUGUUGGGUGUCUGCUGUGUGUGUAUUUUUACAAAAUCCGAGUCCCGUUUUUGUUCCGGGGUCCUCCUUGCCUAAUCUAAAGUAUUGAUAUUGAUAACUUUUUUCCGGAAACAUCUACCAUAUCUAUUGUUUUUAAUGCGAAGUGUAUAAUACACAAAUCUAUGUAUUUUUCCGGAUUUUGUAAACAUACGUGUGCACAUAAUACAGUAUUUGACUACUAUUUGAAAGUUUACACCUUUAUAAAACACAUGAAGUUUAGGCAUCUGUUGUGAUAAAAUUUGUGGUAUGUAUUUUUAAACGUUGCGCAAUGUAUGUCGGUAAAUAGGAAACAAAAGAAAUAAUCAAUAAAAUAAUAUACUUAAUAAAACUUAAGUCAGUUGCAAUGUAUAUUUUUAAUUAAAUUGUACUUUCAAAAUAGCAUGACUACCACGUAUUUUAAACCUUAGCUAUUUCGUUUUUUUGGAUCAAAAUGAAUAUAAAUCUUGAGUAAUAUUUUGUCACUAAGAUAAUAAUAGUUCUAUUUGUAUACUAUGUGUCACUCAAGAGAGGAAAAGUUUAAAAUGUAAGUUUGUCUCUUUCCGUCUUUAUAGUAAAAUAAUUACUCAAACGGAAAUAGAAUGAUUCAAGUUAGAUACUCGUAUCAUGGCGAAAUUAAUAUUGUUUCGUAAAUGUUAUACAAAGUAGAACAAUUAUGCACAUUGUUUUCUGAUUUAGCAUUCCAAAAUGGUCGUCGUUUAUAGUGAAUAAUGAUUAUCUUGCCUAUUUCUGAUAUGUCUGUGAACAGCUCUCAGCUGUCUUUACUUUUCGUAUGCUGUACUUAACAGACUUAGGGGUGGGUUUCUACUAAAGCGGAUAGGAGAGGAUGCGACCGGAGAUAUGCAGUAAUGGACCAAUCAUCGCAAGGGAUCGCAAGUGUCUUCUCUCUCACUCUCUUUUGGGUUGUGAUGAUUUGAUUUCGCACGUGUCCGCUUCUCUCCGCUUUGGGUUUCCUCGCCCUAUUAUGUACGGUCACGAGUACUAAUAUGUACAUACACUUUGAAACCAUGCCACAUUAACUUUUUUGACUAAUUAAACCGUAAGUCUCAUUAAAUGUUAAAUAUAAUACUGCGACAGGGUUCUAAAGUGGGUACAUGAUAUUGCUCAUGACUGUACAUCUACUAUAAGGGCUUAUUACACCUACCUGUCCGACGGGCUAGAUGCGUCAAGGUCACAGUGGUUGCCAUGGUUACUCCCCACCAACUCCCGUUUCCCGAUCAGAUCGUGAAGUCUAAUAGCAAAUCGACGGGGCGUAACCAUGGAAACCACAAUCUAGAAUCUAGCCUGUCGGAUAAGUAGGUGUAAUAAGCUCUAUAGUCAGCGCGCAAGUUGUCACCGCUUGAGGUAUGCUCUCAUCAGGACGGGAGAGAUAGAUAAACACUGGUUGGCGGACGCAGUCAGCAUGAGACAGAGAGAGACUCCGCCAAUCACUCAAUCGCUUCUUCCCGAUUAACAUACUUCAAGGAGUGACAGCGCGCGAAUUAUAGGCACGACCAGUGAUGUGCCGUUCCGUUAAAAAGGCGCAAAAGUAAAAAUAAAUAUUACCGAGCCUUUAGGCAGAUAGGAUCAGAGUACAGGAACAAUUAAAAAAAAAAGCAGUCCCUGUCCUUACUAUUAGAAAGUUUUACAACAAUAACGUUCUCACUUUGAGAACAGUCUCGGGAACCAGUGGCGGCCCUAGGGCGGUGCGAGGUGCCGGAAUGAGGGGGGGGGGGGGGUUGCUCAAAAUCAACCAAGACUGGUUCGCAAACUAAUUUCAUCGGGUUAGAUUGCUCAUACCGGGUAGCCGUAAACAAUUUUUUUUUAUUUUAAAGGGCUGAGGGGUGCCAUUUUGAGGACUCGCACCACCUAAGAAUUUUGCUAGUGCCGCCACUGUCAGUUAUGGCACAUCACUGGGCACGGCCUUACCUCCACAAACGGAGAGUUUAUGGAGCACGUGAUUUGGUGGAGAAAUAUUCUGUGUCAUCUUUUCAUCCAAACUGGACAUAUGUAGAAAAGUUAGUUUUGCCAAAGGACUAAUGGAUUGAUCUUAAAUAGUUGAUGGUAGAGUAGGUUAGGUUAUUCAGGAUUAUGAUCUACCAGUUAAGACUAAUGUAAGGGCAUUUAAGGGCUAGUCUCGUACUAACGGACGAGUUUUAAAUUAUUACUUUCGUAUAGUGAAACUGAUAUUUAUUAUACUUUCAACGUGUAGAAUUCAAGGAUCAGGAGGGUUGAAAAUGCCACAUCGAAGCAAUUCAUCAAAAAAUCAAUAUUGCUAUUUGCGCAUAUAAAAGUAACUGCGCAAUGCAAACAAAUGUCAAAUAGCAAUAUUGCUUUUUUAGAUGAAUUCCUUCGAUGUGGCCUUUUUAACGCCCGUGUAUUCCAUUAAACAGCUUAGUUGACAGUUGUCAGAACAAUAUAUGUAUUUUCCUCAUUAUGUUUCCUUUGCAAUGGGCCGCAUUGCAGUUUCUGUACUUCUUUCUUUUUCUAACACUCCGGACAGUCAUUUACUAGAGCGAGAUAAAGUGCGUGAGUGCGUCCGCAAUCCGACCGACGCGUUGAUUUCGCCGUGUGACGUCACAUUAUCUCGCUCUGGCUAAUGACAGUUCUGAGUGACAGAGAAGGAUAUAAUGAAAGUGCGUAUAGAAAGCACAAUCAGAUAAAGAGAGAAACAAGUAUAUAUUUGCGUGUGAGAGAGAAGGUAGCCAACUUGUGUGUUUGCUAGUCUUUAAACGGUCCUAAUAAUUAUUAUUGUGAGAAACUUAGAACAAUUAGAAAAGGCGUAUGGAAACGGGAGUAUUUUAUUCCGAUUUAAAAAGCAUUUUGUUUUUGUAUAUAAAUAAUAUACAUGUAAUUAAUGACUUUCCUUCUAGUUUAUGAAGAUUCGUCCGUUAAUGCGAGUGUUUAGAGAUAAGAUAUUAUUAUUUCUUGUGAAAAUUCGUGAUUAUAUUUUUGUUCGAGGUAAUUCGGUAUGUAAGGGAAACAAAAGUUACGCUAGUUCUAAAAACAUUUCGAGAGUUCCGUCUUAAUUAGAUUUUUCAAUAUUUAGCCCUCAAAUCAGCUGGAUGGUGCUUAUUUUAACAAUAAUCGUGUAUUUGUUUGACCUUUUUGUGACAAGGUAGUCUGUUUACACAAAAAGUAAAACUAUUCAAAAUUCAUUUAAAAAUAUAAAAAAGCAAUAGUACCUUACAUACCCAAUUGCUUAAUUUUUUACACUUGUGAAACGCGUUUUAUUUUGAUUGAAUGUGAAUUGUUGAGUAUAUUAAAGUAAUGAUUAUGUA